ACAUAUCCACUGCAGUGAUGGCUGGUUCUCUGGCCACUCUCCUAGCAGUGGUCACAGCGACAAUAUGGUUAUACCGACAAAGGACCAUGAAGAGGGCAAGCAUGGUCAAGUAGACCAAUGUCAAAGAGCAGGACAGCCCGAAGUCCCCAAAAUCCUCCCCCAGGGCAUCCUGAAGAGCGCCAGAGAAAGACAGAUGCCACUGAGGAAGAGGAGGAGGGUGAUGAUGAAACUGACGUGAACACGCUGUGUUGUCAGAGUGCGAGAUGGUCAAGUUUGGUCAGCUGUGCAGCGGCAACUCCAGUAACAGGAGGAGGACAGGGGACAGAUGGGGACAAGGACACUACGGCGCACGCAGAGGAAACCGUGAGCAUCAGGGCCUGGACAUUGUGUGUAAUGAUGGGGCCACAGUGUACGCUCCAUUUGAUGUGAAACUCAAUGGGAAAGUGAUCGUGUACACAGACCCGAAGAAGGCAGCCAUCAAUGAUGGGAUCAACCUCAGUGGAGAGGGUCUGUGCUUUAAGCUGUUCUACGUAAAGCCUGACAAGUACUCUGGGGUGGUGAAGAAGGGCCAGAGGAUUGGGACCCUGCUGACCAUGCAAAGUGUCUACCCAGGGAUCACUUCUCACGUCCACGUCCAGAUGUGUGACAAGUCUGACCCCACCAAGUUUUUCUAAUGGAGUCCCCUUUGGCCUCUCCAUCAAUCAAUCAAUCAAUCAAUCAAUCAAUCAAUCAAUCAAUCAAUCAAUCAAUCAAUCAAUCAAUCAAUCAAUCAAUCAAUCUACAAAAUGAUUGUAAUCAUUGGCCAAUAGAUGGGCUUACUGUGUUUAAAAAUAAUAAUUUGCUUAUUAUAAUAAACAUUUUUUAUUACAGUAUAAAAUACAUAAAAGUUGCACACUUCUGGAAUAAAGUUUUAACCCUAUAAGCAUCAACAGGGGUAAUUCAUAAUUUCAAAAACCUUUUUUUUAUCCUUUUAUGCAACUAGUUACAGACAUGAAAAUAAUUUACAAUGAUUUCUGUGUUAAUAUAUAAUUUCUGUGGUAUAUAUAUAUAUAUAUAUAUAUAUAUAUAUAUAUAUAUAUAUAUAUAUAAAAUCUCUUUUUUGUGUACUAGUUUUACGUGGCUAAUCUGACAAUGUGGACUCAAUAGUAAACUUUGAAAAAAACAUAGAUUUAAAACAAAUACACGUGUCAAGGCUGUGGGUAACUGGUGAAAGGAGUCAGGCGCAGGAGAGCUGAGAUGCGUGGACAAGGUAUUUAAUACAAGAAAACAUCAGUAUGAACACAAUACUAUGGUGCUGGAAAAAAAACGGUACCACGAAAUUAACAGGCGUAAUAAAAAAACCCGGUAACAAUAUACCAGCCGUCAGAUACAGCCUUACAAUAAAACAAAGACGCACACAAACAUCGGGGAAACCAGAGGGUUAAAUAAUGAACAUGUAAUGGGGGAAUUGAAACCAGGUGUGUAAAAAAACAACAACAAAACAAAUGGAAAAUGAAAAGUGGAUCGGUGAUGGCUACCGCCGAAUGCCGCUCGAACAAGGAGAGGGACCGACUCCGGCGGAAGUCGUGACAACAUGUGUGUCAUUGAACAACCCCAUACCAUGACUAGAUGGUGGAAAAAAACACCCAUCUCUUUAAUAAGUUCUUUAGACAAUUAAAGCUAAUUUACCAACAUUUCUGAAAAUUUGGAAUGAAACUUCUAUUGAUAAAAAUAACUGUUUAAAACAUGAAAAACAUACUAAAAUGUAUAUUUUUAAACAUGAAAUUUGACUAUAAAUGUGUGAAAAUUUAAAAAUAUAUGCAUAUUUUGGGGAAUUUAAUAAAAGAAAAAGUGUUACUGUUUGACAGAAAAUGCCAUUUUGCCAUUAUUUCCAAUUUGGGGUUAAAAUGACCCAUGUUGAUGCAUUUAGGGGUCAAAAUAUGUUGGUCCUUUUGGGGUAUUAACAACAAAAUAAAUACAUCAUAAAUCAUUCCUAAUAAAUAAUGUGUAUUUUUGUAUCUGAGCCUCCGUUUUGGAUUUUUUUCAUAUUUUCAACAGUAUCAUUCGUCAUUGUCUCAAUAAAAACAACGGCGUGGCUGCGCAA